AUGGGAUACAGAGGAAGAGGUCCUCCAAAGACAACAGCCUCAAUGUAUAAGUUGAGCUACAACACAAAGAGAGAGUACAAGUACAUUAAGGACAUUUUAAGAACUUUGUCAGGCACCGGCGUAGUCACGAAAAGUCUUAGGAUUGAUGCAAUGGCCAAAGAGGCACUGGUAUCAUUCAUUCGUGAUAUUGCCCGUAGAAUCAUCGAUCUAUCAAGAGACCUGUUGAUCAGGUCGGGCAAGGCAACACUCCAGGCGCGUGACAUCCAGAUGGCCGUCAGGAUCGAAUUAAGAGGCGAACUCGCCAAGCAUGCGAUCGUGCAAGGUAUGACUACUCUAGCCAAGGCUAACCCUAGCUACAACGCCGGCGAUGCUGAGUUUAAGCCACCAGCCAAGAAUGCUGGUCUCAUUGUCAAGCCAAGCUAUGUUCGCAAACAACUCAAGAUUGCUGGAUUCGGUCGCGUGGCAAAGAUGGCCUCUGUCUACUUUGCUGCCGUGCUCGAGUAUGUCCUCUCCGAAGUGUUGGAGCUAUCCUCAAACAAUGCCCAGAGCUGUGGAAAGACUACCAUCACAUCACAGCACAUAUUCUUUGCCGUCUCCAAUGAUGCAGAGUUAAAUAGUCUUUGUGAGCAUGUGACAUUCCCAUCUGCUGGUGUCGCUUCAAACAUCCAUGCGGGACUAGUUAGUAAGAAGAGCAAGAAGUUUAAUCCAAGCCUCAAGAUUGCUGCCUCGCCAGCUGAUUUUGGAAUCACCUUCUAA